UAUUGCUCUAAGAAACGCGGACAGCGAAAUAGUCAGUCUACCUCUCGCUCUAAGAAAGAGAGUCACUAAUUGCUCAGCUCCUAGAGAGAGAAAGUGGUCCGUUUUAGAGAGAGAAAGAGAGCCCAUUUUAGAAAGCACGCCACGCCCCUUGCAUUCUGUCAACCCCGCGUUUUUGGUAAAUUUCAGACCGCCUUCGACAGUCCCCGGUUUUUCCCGCCCACGAUCUGCGAAUUUCACCCCUCUGUUUCUCUCUCUAAUUCAAUUACUUUAUCUCUCUAGUAGUUAUAUGACUGCAAUCCGGUUCCUUUCUCUCUCCAACAAUAAAUACACGGGCCAAUUAUGCAAGUUCAUUUCUUGGGUUCUUAGGUGUAUCUCAUAGAGAGUGUUGCAGGUCUCUUGAAAUGGAUGUUGCAGAGAAGAGGAGACACUGGCGAUGGGGUUGGGCUCUGGGAGCUCUCCUCGUUGUCCUUUUAGCCACUGCCGUUGCUUCGAGAAAUGCCCCCAAAUUCUCGCUCUUCGGCAUCUCCAAUAAGCCUUGCCAAUGCCCCGAGUCAAGAAAGUAUACAGGAUUAGUGGAGGAUUGUUGUUGUGAUUAUGAGACGGUGGACGCUCUUAACCAAGAAGUCUUACAUCCCAUACUCCAAGAGCUUGUUGCCACCCCUUUCUUCAGAUACUUCAAGGUUAAGCUGUGGUGCGACUGCCCUUUUUGGCCUGAUGAUGGGAUGUGCCGCCUUCGAGAUUGCAGUGUAUGCGAAUGUCCAGAAAAUGAGUUCCCUGAGCCAUUCAAGAAGCCAUUUCACAGGCUUUCUUCGGAUGAUUUGAUAUGUCAGGAAGGAAAACCACAGGCUACAGUUGACCGAACAAUAGAUGAUAAGGUGUUCAAAGCUUGGGUAGAAAUUGACAAUCCUUGGACCUAUGAUGAUGAGACCGAUAAUGCUGGAAUGACAUAUGUGAAUCUUCAGCUAAAUCCAGAACGGUACACUGGCUAUGUCGGGCCAUCAGCCAGAAGGAUAUGGGACUCUAUAUAUAAAGAAAAUUGCCCCAAAGGACCACCUGGGGAACUUUGUCCGGAGAGGAGAGUGUUAUACAAGUUGAUAUCAGGGUUGCAUUCCUCUAUAUCUGUUCACAUAGCAUCUGAUUAUCUCCUGGAUGAAGUCAACAAUAAGUGGGGUCAGAAUCUUGAGUUGCUGUAUGACCGAGUUUUAAGAAAUCCAGAACGUGUGAAAAAUUUGUACUUCACAUUCCUUUUUGUGCUUCGAGCUGUGACAAAGGCAUCAGAUUAUCUGGAACAGGCUGAAUAUGACACUCGGCAUGUAACAGAUGAUCUUAGAACGCAGUCACUUGUGAGGCAGCUGGUUUAUAAUCCCAAGUUAGAAUCUGCAUGCCCAGUGCCAUUUGACGAAGCAAAACUAUGGAAGGGACAAAAUGGACCUCAGCUGAUGCAGCAAAUUCAAAAGCAAUUUCGGAACAUCAGUGCUUUAAUGGACUGUGUUGGUUGUGAGAAGUGUCGCCUGUGGGGCAAGCUUCAGGUUCUUGGGCUUGGCACAGCAUUGAAGAUCCUUUUCUCAGUUGAUGGUCAAAAUCGCUUGGCUGAGCCUUUGCAGCUGCAAAGGAAUGAGGUGAUAGCUUUGUUGAACCUUCUGAACAGACUAUCAGAGUCUGUUACGUCAGUGCGCGAAAUGGGUCCUGCAGCAGAGAGACUAAUGGAAGGUAGGGCCACCAGUUCAGGUGGCAAGGGUAGCUCAUAGAGAAGAAAUAGACAAUUUCAUAACACGACAUUGACGUGCCGUACAUAUGAAUCAUUUUAUGGUGAAGUUUAAUCACCCCAUUGGUCAAUCCACAUGAUGUAACCAAUAGAAUGCAUACAGAGAGUACCUUGUGUCAUUUUUGAGAUAGGAAGCUCUGCUUCAAGAGAGAGGGCAGCCCAUUAUAACUGCAACAUGGGAUACACGCAAGUUCAUGUAUUUCAUUGAGGCAUUUUGCCAUAAAUUAUGUAUUUUUUUGAGGCAUUUUCUUA